CUCAGACCUUCAUCAAAACAGGGUAUCGCUGGUACCCUCAAGACAUCAUCUCUCCGAGUAACAUCCUCUGUUCGGUGGUAGCUAUGGUGCCUCAACUGUCUGCAACUCGGCGUCGCCGCGCACAUCCCUUCCUCCUCACCCCCACCGCUCCCAUCGCUAUCCCCAACUCCCACCGACGCAUCGUAGAGCAGCCCCUGUCACCUAUCCGCUGUAACUCUGCUAUGGAUGAUCAACUCGUGUUUGCCAUGUCGCCCGACUGCACUUCGCCUGCCCUUCCCAACCGGUACAUCCGGGCCAGGAAGGACACCGCAACAUCCCACAUGAGCAGCCGAGCCCAUGCGUUCGACUGGAACAUCACCGGGACGGAGAACAAGCCCGUGGAAUACACUCCAGCGCGUCCGGCGCAACCUCCCCUCACUCCGGCGCAAAAGCUUGCAGCAGAGUACCGAGCCUCUGCAGCCGCGAAGAAACCUGCGGCGCGUCCUCGGGCGUUCACGCAGCUGUCCACGAACCCACAGCUACCCUCACCCGCAUCGUCCGUCGGCUCUGCAGACUUCUCCCCCGAAGAGAUGUCGGCUUCGCCAGCCGCAUCGCCUGUUGUCCCUGCCUUCGGCCUCACGUGCACCAUUGAUGAGAAGCACGAACGGUCUACGUCUUCCGAGAGGCGGGGGAACAAGCACCGCCCUCGCCCUCCGCCGACCCUGCGCUGGAAGACGACGCCGCAGCUCGCGCGGUUCAUCGCUGCCAGCGGAGCGGGCGCUCAACUCUCGACCAAUGCGGUGUCCGGAUCCCUCGUGACUCCGCCGCUCACAGCCUGGCCGUCGUCGGUGCUUUUGGACUCGGACCUCAUGGACACUACUCUGGUGGAAGACGCUCCGGAGAAGGAUGCCCAUGACCUGUCCGAUCAAGAGCCGCAGUCGAGUCUCAAGCGUGUUCAGAGCGAUCUGCAGAAGUACCUGUUCACCAUGACUGCCUUCAGCAAGGCCGAUUCGCCCGAACGGGGCAGGCGCAGGGAGAGAACCCCGGCUCGUUGAAAAAAAGACGCUAAAGUCAACAGAUACACGUUUCGCCACGCAUAUAAUCUCCCCACGGACGUUCAAGUGCAUCCAUUGACUCUGUCUUCUCAUGACCUGCGGCAUCACGACAUUCUUCGGUCGCAACAACUCAUCUUCAGAUUCUUCCAUCACGUCUCAUGCCUUUUCCCCUGGAUCAUCCUAACCUAUUCAACUCUAAUCAAAUCCCAUGUCGCCUUCAUCUUUCCAAAGCACUCAUCGACGUCCGGCCGUCGCGAAAAGCUCUCGAGGAGCAUUCCUGUUGCAUAUUCAUCAACACCUCUCGCAUUCGCAUUCUCGCACAUGUCGCUCAUGGACGUUUGAACCCCCCUUCGACCUUCGACCUCGCAUAUAUUCGCUUUCUUGCGGGCAGAUGUCCCUUUCGUUUCGUAUAGACGCCUCUUCUCUUCCCCAUCUCAUCUCAUGCCAAAAUCAAGCAUCGCAUCGUCCACUGUCUUCACAUCUCCAGCAUCAAU